AUGGACGACGAGACUUACAUCCAGCUGCUCCUCACAGACUCAAAUCUGCCCACCGGGAUCGACAAUCUGCACAACCACGCACACAGCGCACUCCCGUUCACAUCCGACGCCCACACCCUCGUAUGUGUUCUCUCGGAAUCGGCCCAGAUUGACCAGACACUCGCUGCAUUGACCACUCUCGAUCGAGCCUAUGAAUCCAUGACCCUCAAUCACGUCACACGACGGGCAUCUACGGCGCAGGGAACAGCCUUGUUGACUCUCUAUGCGAGGGCUUUCGCUCUGUCAUCCACCUCAAAGGUCAUCCCGACCCUGAUCGACAGCCUGAAACUCGCUGUCCGACGUGGGGAAACCCACGGUCAUCUUCCCGUGUGUUGGGGCGUUCUUACUGCUGCACUGGGCCUCUCUCUGUCUCGGACGCAGCAUCUGGCGCUGUUCCUCCAUGCCCGUUCCAUCCUAUCUGCUGCAGUACGCAUGAAUACGAUCGGUCCCUAUCUCGCUCAACAGAUCUUACUCUCAGACGUAAAACCUCUCGUCGACGCCGUGGUUGCCGAAUGUUGCGAUCUGCGAUCAGGUCUACUUAUGACUGGAGAGGAAAACAUCGACUCCAAUCUUGACCCCGACGAAAUGACAUACGCAACUGGCCCUGCUUCGACAUGGCCUCUGGGGGAAAUCGUCGCCAUCAGACAUGAUUUGCUGCAUUCACGGAUAUUCAACAGCUAG